CAUUCUGGUCAGUCAGAGUUGAGAUGUCGCCGAGAAGAAAUAUAUUAGUCGCACUGAGCUGUUGCCUGCUGUUAAAUUGUUUGAAUAUUCAGGCUAGGUCCUUGGAUGAAUCUGCUGUUAAGACGAAGCGUGAUUCCUCAGACUGGUGGUCCCUCCUGGAGGAUAUUAUCUAUGAAGACAGUAGUGAUUAUGAAGCCGAUAAUGAAAGUUACUUGGUUUGUCGCAACUGUACGGUUGUAGUUCAAUCUGCUCCAAAUGCUACGGCGGAUGGAGGCACUGCAGCUCCACCGGCAGGAGGAACAACUCCAGCAGCUCCGGUACCAGUAGCUACUGAUCCUCCUGCCACUUCGGCACCUGCCACUUCGGCACCUGCCACUUCCGCACCUGCCACAUCAGUAGCUCCUGCAGUAACUACAGCACCAGGGGAAUCAACACCCACUCCAACAGCUGCUUCUGGUGGUUAGGGAACCACACUGAUAUUUAAAAUCCUCCUACAUAUAAAACCUUAGCUUUUAAAUGGGAUUUGGUAUACGAUAAUUUUGACUUUUGGCUAACAACCCACCUAGAAUAAAACUGGCGAAUGGGCCGUAAAUCUGUGCGGUUGCAA